AUGUCAACUCACCAAAUCAAAGUCUCAUCAACUGUCGAUCUUGUUUCUGACUCCGCACAAAGACGCAAAAGAAUCGACUCGGGCUUCUUCGAAGACUUGGAUAUAAUUGCGGAGGCGAUUGACAAGUGCACUGAUUUUGCCGCCGAGAAUGUCGAUAUCACCGACACAUCUUCUACUAUCACCCUGGGCGUCUCGUUCGAGUCAUAUACCGGCUUGUACACGAUAACCACCAAAUCACACCGCAAAGUCACGUCUGAAACUCAGUGGGGACCACUCGAAGAUUACUUUCCCCCAAUCUCUUGUCCAAAUGCUAGUCCUGCUACUACUCACGAUUCCGUUGAACCCAAGUCAUGCGACAGUAUCAUUCUCGAUGAUCUAUCGGGAAAGCUCCCGCCGCUCCAACCUUCCGUGUCGCCUCAACUUGCACAAGAUUUGUCUUAUGAAUAUGUCCUCGCACUCGAGGAUAGAAGCAAAGUACCAUUAUGGAGAAGACUUAGGGAUAAUCCUGAACUGGGAAAGGAUUGGACUACUAAACCACUGGAGCUCUUCUUACCAUGGGUCCCCAAGAAUAAAAAUAUGGAUACAAGUUGCGGAAUAAAGAAAGGACUUGGCACUCACGUGAAAAAGAACAAACGAUCUCGGACUCUGUUGGAACAAAAUCUUAAACCAGCUUCAUCUCUGAAACCCAAGCUGUUUGCAGCGACUUCAAUCACGCAUACAACCAAGAUUACGAUCGAACAAACGACCAAGCAGCGCACAUCAAAGAAACCGGUCGCCCAGAUGCAAAAGCCAAUCUCAAAUACUUCAACUAUUUCAACAUCUGUCAAGCUAUCGGCAAGCAGUAAUGUUUCGAUACAAAAGAAAGUGCCGCAAAGCCCGAGAGAUCGUCCCGAAACAAGAAUCAAGAGAACGGUCUUGGAAAAGGCAAAGAAUGCUGCAAGGAAAUUUGGUGAGAAGAGCAUCGGCAAGUAUCAGAAGAGCAUGGAAAGCAAGAAUGCGGGCAGAAUGGCCAAGAAGAAUUCGAACGUGAUGACUGUAGAAAGGAACGCUCUCCGGUAA